AUGGAGGCAAUGAAAAAGUCCAAAAAUUACCUCGAGCAUCGUCGUACGCAGAAUCGCUUGGCUCAGCGCAGGUUCCGUCAACGGCAGAGCCAGCAGAAGGCCAAGGCAGAUCAACCACCCCAGCAGACCCUAGAGCCACCCAUAUCGGCGACCGAUAAUCCAUCUAGCGUUUUCAAGUUCUCGAGUGGAACCUGGCCGACAUGCCCGAGCACUAUCAAAUCCCCGGACGGGCCCAUCGGGUUUGGGGUUAACUGCCUACAAGGCGGCGCCAAUGGACUGAUCGGCAUCCAAAAUUUCAUAAACAUGGACGAUUUGAAGGAUUCAACCCUCUCAAAUCUCCUUGCCGGCCCGUCACCGGGCAUAUCUAACACCGAUUCCACUGAGCAUACUCUCUCCGGCAGCGAUCGAGACUCCAACCCCAGGCAUCCAGGUCCUCUAGCAAGCGCAAGCGGAAGCAGCAGCACUCACAGAACUACACCAGACAGUUCCGACACAAAACUCCUAUCAAAAGCGCUAAUAGAUAUAUCAACGCCCGCUAGUGCUAUUAGUGCUAACGCACCCCUUUCCGGGACAACAAGAAGCGACGACGCAGACUCAGGCUGUCUUUCCGCGCUUCAUAUAGCCGCACAGAAGGGGCACCACCGGAUCAUGCGCGUGUUACUCAAGCAGGAUAUUGAGUGCGACGAGCUUGACAGCGAUGGGCUCACGCCUCUAAUUCAUGCGAUAAUCGGCGGCCACGAAGAAAUUGUCGCGUUGCUGCUUAUGCACGGGGCGUGUAUAGACCAGACUGACCGCCAGGGUCGCUCGGCGCUACAUUUUGCGGUUACUCAUCGCCGCGAGGCGAUAUUGAAAAUUCUUUUGGAUUAUUGCGUGGGCCACCAGGGACUCAUUGAUGCUUAUGAUAGUGGCGGGCGCACGCCGCUGCAUAUUGCGGUCGAUAGCGGGUUUGAGGAGGGCGUGCAGGCCCUCUUGGACCGUGGAGCUAGUGUACAUUAUAGGACCAGGAAGACGGGGAUUCCGUAG